AUGGUUGCCCAGACACGGACGCAGGGCCAGUCCUCGCCCACCAAGAAGCUCAAGCUCAAGUUCCGCGACAAGCUCGUCGGCAAGGGUCUCGCGACAGAUGCGCUCCAGAAGAAACUCAAAGCGCUUCACCAGGAACUCGCGGACAUGGACCAGGAGCACGUCGAUGUCCCCUCCCUUCACUCCGUCCGCAAAGAGCUCAUCAACCCCACCAUCCUCCUCCACAAGGACCGCGGUGUGAAAGCGUACACCGCGUGCUGCCUUGCCGAUCUCCUCCGCCUCUACGCGCCAGACGCGCCCUACACUCAGGCAGAACUCCGCGAUAUCUUCCAGUUCUUCUUCCGGCAGCUUACCGCCGGACUGAAGGGUCCCGACUCCCCCUACUACAACGAAUACUUCCACCUCCUCGAAUCUCUCUCUACCGUCAAGAGCGUCGUCCUUGUCUGCGACCUCCCUAAUGGCGACGAUCUCAUGGUCGACAUCUUCCGCGACUUCUUUGGUCUCGUCCGCCGCGACCUCGCGAAGAAAAUCGAGCUGUUUAUGGCCGACAUCCUCAUCGCGCUCAUAGAUGAGUGCCAGAGCCUGCCGUCUGAGGUGCUCGAGAUUAUCAUGGCCCAGUUUAUGGACAAACACGCGAAAAUGGACCAGCCUGCAUACCGCCUCGCGGUUCAAGUGUGCAACGCGACGGCCGACAAGUUGCAGCGGCACGUGUGUCAGUACUUCACGGAUAUCAUCGUCGACCAGGCGCGCGAGGAGCGCUUUGAAGAAGUGCAGACUGCGCAUAACCUCAUCGUGCAGCUCAACCGCGCGUGUCCAUCGUUGCUGCACAACGUCGUACCUCAGCUUGAGGAGGAGCUCCGCGUAGAACAGCUGCAGCUACGGAUUAUGGCCACACAAACGCUGGGCGAGAUGUUCGCGGACAAACACGGGAUGGACCUUGUGCACAAGUACCCUACGACAUGGGCGCAAUGGCUCUCGCGCAGGAACGACAAGAACGUCACGAUCCGGUUGGAAUGGGUAGGCACUAUGAAGGGCAUUAUCACGAACCUUCCGGAGAUGCGCAAAGAAACGGAAGAGGCCCUGCUAGGGAAGCUGUAUGACCCAGACGAGAAGUUCCGUGCUGCGCUGUGCAAGUUGUUCUCGCAGCUUGACUACGAAGCGGCGCUGCACCACCUCUCCGUUGACGUUCUGAAGGGUAUGGCUGGACGUGGCCUCGACAAGAAGCACAGCGUCCGCGUCGAGGCUUUCAACGCAGUAGGACGGCUGUAUAGUCUCGCAUAUCCGGAAAUUGAGAACAACGACCCCGCUGCGAUCCAGCAGUUCGCCUGGAUACCAGGAACAGUCUUACGGAAUGCCUCGGUCAGCCGUGAGGUCAAGGCAAUUGCAGAGCAGACACUCACGGAGUACAUCCUCCCACUGCCAACUUUGCCUUCGUCCUCGUCGUCAAGGGGUGCCGAGAUCGACGAGGUCGCAUGGACAGACAGGCUCCUUCUCACGAUGCGCUACCUCGACGAAGUCUCGAUCAACACGCUUUUCAACUUCGCCAAUCUGAAGGGCAGCCGACCAACCGUGUACGAGAAGUUUGUGAACACAUGCGUUGAUUACAACGGUGGUGUGAUCGAUGAAGCGGAGGAGGAAGAAGCAAUCACGGAGCGGUUGAACGCCUCUGUGAAAGCCGCUGCAUCAUUAUUCCCAGAUCCCCACAAGGCUUCAGAGGACCUACAGGCCUUUGCGAAGCUCAACGAAGGCCGACUGUACAAGCUGCUGAAGACAUGUAUGGACAUCCAAACAGACCUAAAGGGCCUGGUCAAAGCCCGAAGCGAGUUCUUGCGUCGUCUUGAGCAAUCCUCCUCCGCCAUUGUCAACACCAUGUCAAUAUUCCUCCGACGUUGCACACUCCACCUUGUCAACCCCUCCGCCGUCCCCACGUUCAUCAAGCGCGUGCAGAAGGGCUUCGAGCCGUCCGCCGUCGCCUACUCGCAAACCCAAACUCAAACGCUUGGCCAGACAUUCUCGAUGUUCGUCGGGAGCACAGGCGCGGGGUCGAGCGAACCCGAAGGCCGUGCACAGCAUGCCGCGCACUCCGCCCAGCUCUGGCUGACGCAUAUCUCGAAGCACUGCCCGGCGCUGUACAAGGCGCACAUCGGCGAGUUCUCGAAGGCGAUCGCAGACGAGCGCAACGCGCGGCUUGUCGAGGCAUGCCUGCACGCGCUCGCAGCCGCAGCCGCGUGGGACGAGAAGCUGGCUCCGACUGACAAACGUACGGUCGAGCGGGUGAUGCGGUUCGUUAUGGAAUCACACCCACGGCACGCAAAGUUCGCGGCGCGGUUGAUUGCGUGCAUGCGGAAUGCGGAGGAACUGUGCGCGCAGGUCGUCGACUCAAUAGCGGACAGUUUGGAGGACGUGGAUUCUGAUAAGUUGGUCGCGCACAUCGCGGUGCUGGCGCAGCUGGCGCUCCGAGCACCCGACGCGUUCGAACAGAAGAGCGACGUGGUCACCGCCUUCUUAGUGAAGCAGGUCCUCACAUCAUCUGCUGACCCCGAAGACGAGCCGAUGCGACCUGAGGAGGACUGGGUCGACGACCCGUCGCCGCCGCUUCGUGCCAAGGUGCUCGCGCUAAAAGUGUGCAGGAACCGCUGCCUCGCGCACGCGGAGUCCGAGACCGCGCGCGAGAUCGCGGCGCCGGUGAUCCGCAUGUUCUCGACGGUACUGCAAUACGAGGGCCGGUUCAGAGCGGACGCGCAGGAAACCGCGUCAACGAAAUCACGGUUGCGAUUGCAGGCCGCGACGUCCAUGCUACACCUGUCAGCGGUGUCAACGUAUGUGCCGGAGGUGACGAAGUACUUUGUGCAGAUCGCGCUUACGAUUCAGGAUCCGGUGUAUCAAGUGCGGAUGACUUUCCUGGACAAGCUGGUCGCGCUGCUGUCGAGGGGCAAGUUGCCGCCACAGUACAACAUCGUGCCAUUCUUGUCUGUUCACGACCCCGAGGCGGACGUGAAGAGCAAGGCGCAAGCAUAUGUCUCGUUCGCUCUACGAGCUAUGCCGAAGGGUGCACGUCUGGCUCGUUUCGAGUCAACGUUCAUUAGGCUACUGCACUUGAUGGCACAUCACCCCGACUUCAGAAUCGAGCACGAGUUCCUCCCUGACAUCGCGAAGUACAUCCAGUUCUACCUCGAUCUCGUCGCCUCCAACGAGAACGUGUCUCUGCUGUACCACCUCGCGCUCAAGUCGAAGACGGUGCGCGACGCCGAGACGCAGGCCUUCAGCGAUAACUUGUAUGCUUGCGCAGAGUUGGCGCAACACUUGAUCAAGGCACACGCCAAGGCACACUCCUGGAAUCUAGAGACGUACCCGGGCAAGGUUCGGCUACCAGGAGAUAUCCUGCGGCCACUGCCCAGCGCGGAGGCUGCCAACCAGAUCUUGAAGACAGUUUAUCUGCCGGAGGAGGCGCUAAUUUGGCUGGCUGAGAAGCAGUCUAAGCAGGCUCAGGAGGCGAAGCAGGAGAAGACUCGCGCAGCGCGUAAGCCAGCGGUAAAGCGGAAGGCCGCGCCGAAGGCGAACGGCUCUACGAAGCGUCCACGUCCGACCAAGAAGCGCAAGAUGGACGACUCUGACGAUGAAGAGUCAGAUCCUGAGCAGUCGGAUGAUGAGGAUGAGGACGGGGAGAAGGCGACCUCGUCGCCCGGCAAGCAAGCGGGGCGGUCCGACGAGUCCUCAGGCGACGAGGAGCCGGACGAGGAAGAAGUCAAGGAGGAAAAGCGCUCAACACGAGCUCAGGCGAAGAAGCAGGCCAAACGAGCCGCCAAGCGACAAGCCAAGGCGGCAGCGUCAGACGACUGACGCGUUCUCGUUAUGCGGUCCUCCAUUCCCCUCAUUUUUCCACCACACGUGCUGUAUCAUCCAUCGCUAUCCUACUCUUGCUGUGUCUGCAUCGCUCUAUCUUCUUGUAGGUGCUCUAUUUGUACUCCCUUAUUGACGACUACCCAUGAUCUCUAUGUUAUGUAUACCUUGAGGCUCGAAAUAGCUACGAUAGUCAGAGAACUCUUGU